AAUUUCAUUUUUACUUUUGGAUUACACGGAUCCAUAGUUUGCUUCUUGUUGGCUGUUGUUUUGUUGGUUUUUGUCUUGACGUAUUUUCGUGUUAUUUUUUGUUUGGUGUUCGUUUAUUUUGAUAAUGGUUUGUCGCGAGUGAAAGGAAGUCCAAUUAAAUCGAGGUUAUUAUCGAAAAAAAAUUGAUAAACAUAAUGAACUAAGAAGUAAUUUGUGUAAAGGAUCGUUGUCCUUAUUUUGACUGAGUGAAUUUUCUGUGAUUGCAAUCAUGGUGCAGGAGUACGUUUCUUCCGUGAGGGUGCACAAAUAUCCCUUCGAAAUGGUUAUGGCGGCAUACGAAAGACGGUUUCCGAACUGUCCUCAGAUACCAGUGGUCUUGGAGUGCGUCAUCACAGAUGAUAGCUGGACGGCUGAUGAUGCGCAGCGUCACACUACCAGACGCUGUCAGCUUAACGUAGAAGCACCUUAUAUUCUGAAAAAGAUGAUAGGUGUGGACUUCGUAUACUUCAUCCAGAAGAACCAUCUGGACCUCAAGGGUCGUGUUCUGGAGAUCGAAGCCACAAAUGAGACCUUUGCAUCGAGGGUGUCUGUUGUCGAGAAAUGUCGUUACUAUGUUCAUCCCGAGAACACGAACUGGACCUGUUUCGAGCAGAGUGCGCUGCUCGAUGUGAAGAAUUUCUUCGGCCUGGAGAGCACCGUGGAGAAGAUAGCCAUGAAACAGUACGCCUCAAACAUUGCAAAAGGGAAGGAGUUAAUUGAGGAGUUCAUGAAAAAAGUGUACGAGGAAGGCGUCAAGGACCUGAAACCCUGGACAUCAUCUAACCCCUCCCUCAACCGCGAGCUGCGUCGCGUGGUGUCCCGUGACACGGAGCCAUUAUCCCCGCGUCCCGCUGCUGAAACCAAGAAACAUUCUUUACCAGACCAAUACUCGCUGGACAGUGAGUAUAUUAAGCGAUACCUGGGCGAGCUGACUCCGAUCCAGGAAUCCAGGCUGAUGCAGCUAAGAAAGUGGAUAGCUGAUCUGCAGAAGGGCAAAGUUCCAAGCGAUACUACACUUCUUCGUUUCCUCCGCGCGAGAGAUUUCAACGUGGAAAAAGCGAGAGAGAUGCUCUCCCAGUCUCUCCUCUGGCGAAAGAAACACCAAGUGGACAAGAUCCUGUCGGAGUACGAGACUCCUGAUGUCGUCAAACAGUAUUUCCCUGGGGGCUGGCACCAUCACGAUAAAGACGGCCGACCCCUAUACGUGCUUCGUCUGGGGCAGAUGGAUGUAAAGGGGCUGCUCAAGUCAAUUGGAGAGGAUGGCCUUCUUAAGUUGACUCUUCACGUAUGUGAAGAAGGCUUGAAAUUACUAGAAGAAGCAACUCGAUCGUCAGAGCACGCUGUCCAUUCCUGGUGCCUCCUGGUAGACCUUGACGGUUUGAACAUGAGGCAUCUAUGGAGACCAGGCGUCAGGGCUCUGCUACGAAUUAUCCAGAUCGUGGAAGCCAACUAUCCCGAAACCAUGGGCAGAGUCCUCAUCGUCAGAGCUCCUAGAGUCUUCCCGAUAUUGUGGACUAUUGUGAGCACGUUUAUCGAUGAAAACACCCGCAGCAAGUUCUUGUUCUACGGUGGCAAGGAUUAUUUACAAGCUGGAGGGCUACUCGACUAUAUACCCAAGGAAUACAUCCCAGACUUCCUCGGGGGUCCAUGCAAGAGUUUUGUCCACGAGGGCGGGCUAGUACCGAAGAGUUUGUACGCGAGCGGCGCCUUCACUGAAAGAGAUGGGGAUCCUCUCUCCGAAGAUAGUAUAUACAGAUCUGUCAGCCUGGCCAAAGGACAGGUUCACGAAGUGGUAGUGGUGAAUCGGGACCCUCAGAGUGUGCUGACGUGGGACUUCGACGUGCUCCGACACGACAUCUCUUUCACCGUAUUUCGGACUGACUGCGAGCUGGAGCAGCCCGAUCAGACCGAUCACGCUGCUGCAGUCUGCGUGGGAGGGACGGCCUUAGAGGAGGGUAAAUCUCUGUUGGAGGCGCAAGGGUGGCGAGAGGGAGAACAAUACCAUCGCGUGGAACCUGCCCUCAUUUGCCACGACGGGGAGAGCAUACAGGGCUCCCACGUGAUGUCCGAAAUCGGCAGCUAUCUGCUGCAGUGGCGCUGUGAGCUGCUCGACACUUCCUCUCGUGCAGCCCAGCUCAUGUACUUCCACGAGACCCUUGCCAGCCAUCACUACAAAGGUUCGAUGUCGAGCCUCCAAUCGGCCACGAGCGGAUUCUCCUGCCUGAGCAACAAGUCGGGCAGCUCUUGCCCGUCGCGGUGAUGCGAGAUGCCCGCGCCGCCGCGCUAGAGCGGACAGCGGAGCGGAGAGCGGAUCACCAUUUCGUCCUAUGCGAAGAUGAUUUUUCACGCCCAACCUGCAACUUAAAAAUGUGGAAUUGAAAACCGUUAUCGCUUAGAUAAAGUAAUAUUUAUGAGCCAGCCGAGCCGUCUCGUCGCAACGUAAACCGUAAUACCUUACUAUAGAGUCUAUUUUCGAUCGAUUACGCGUUUAGAAUAUGUAGCAAAUAAGAAACUUAAUUAUCGUACGCAUGUGUCAACUUGUAAAGUAUUUUUUUAUCGAAUAUUUUGUUGUUUUAGGUCAUUUUUUUGUUAUUUUAUCGUAUUCAUUUGAAUUGAAGUUUUUACUACUUUUAAGGCAUAUACUAUCAUGAAAGUACAUAUUACGCCCUUCUAAAGAAAAUUUGAUAUAUUUUCAUAAAGACUUGUAUAAGACAAAAAUUAUUUCCGCACUUAAAUCUGUUCAGAGGAUCGAAAGUAAUGAUUGCACCGUUUAACACAGGUACUCAUCCGUCUCUUUUCACCACUAGUUGACGGAAAGAGAUGUUAGAGUGAUGCGAUGCGUGCAAAUAGGCAAUACAUUUUCUAUGGCACCUUUAAAGUAUUGAUUAGUAAAAGGAAUAAAGCAAGUAUCUUAGCAUUAAUUUAAACAAGUGGUUCCUUUUUUCUAUACUUAUGUAAAAAUAGGCAUAAGGAUUUCCUAUUCAUGAUUCGGUCAAUUGUAUGUUACGUGUGAUAACGGGCUCAGUAAACGUAGAAAAAAUCCUGGGAACACAAUGUUUUUAAAUUGUGGUCUUUGAAGACACUAAACCCUGGAAUCUGGUGGUGCUUCCAACCAUAAUUGUUUCGCCGGGAAAACGAACCUUUUUUUACUUUUACUGUGCACCGGAACGUAAGAGUUGUAACUCAAAUUGAGGUUGUAGUGCGGCCGAUACGGAUUGUAUGUCAAUAUUUUUUCAAAAUAAAUCAGAGAUGUAUAUGAAUUAGAUUAUAGAAUAAAAAAUCCAAAUGAAAUUAUCGUCUCAUAUAGACAUUAGAUUCUAAAUGGGAUAUUCGUCCACAAAAAAAUGUUCAAAAAAUACUAUAGAUAUUUAGAUCGAUAUAAAUAAUCAGUAGACUAAAAAAUUAGACCAUUUAAGACAUUGAAAAGUGAAGGCGUGUCGAUGAUGUCUCAGUCAGGUAACCCUAACAGGAGGUUUUAUAAAAUUACUAAUUACGUAAUGUAAAUCUUUAUUGUUCGAUUUGACCAAAGAUUUCUUCAAAAACAAAAUAAGGAAGAAAAGAUACAAAAUUAUUCUUUUCAAGAACAAAGUUUUCGAUAUACUUUCACGUCUAUGAUAUGCUAUAUAUUCGUAGAAUGUACUUGUAUUUUCAUUUUUGAGUAGGUAUAUGGUUUCCAUACACGCAUUUGCAGUAUUCUUGGAGUACCAAGCUGACAAAAUAUUUCCUGUUUGUUGAUUCGAGGCAAGAUUAUAGGUAUAGGUGUGUGUUUAACUACUCUACCCAAAUUCUAAUCUUCGUAGGCCUAAGUAAACACUCAUUGUAGAAUAAUUUAGUGAAUAGUUUUCCAUAUCAAAAGAUGCAAAUGGCCGCAAGUAAUUUAUGUCAAUAUAUUGGUCUUUUUCAUAAACAUAAUAUAUAUAUCAUAUGUUUUUUACAAAACAAAUGAAUGCUUUGAUUUAUGAACAAGACCAUUGUGACCUAAUCUAAAAAUGUAUUUUAAUAAAGUAAAUCGUAAUAUUUAGGUAAAAUGUGGUUUUAUGGGUAAAAGUAAAAUAAAAAUUAUUUCAAGAACUCUUAAACUUCUCAAGGAAUAUGCUGAAGAUGAGUUGGGAUAGGCUUUGGAAUGUGAAUGAUCCUGUUUAACUUUAGAAGUGAAGAGUUGAAUUUGUUAACUUACACUUAAA